AUGCAAUCAUUGCAUUCUUCUCUCGGCAAACCAUUCUGGGGCGAGGCCACGUCUUAUCUAAACUUUUGCGAAGAGGAUUAUGUCAUUACACGAUAUGCCGCUGAGUUCAUCAACACUCUCAGCAGCUUAGCUUUCGUUGCCUAUGGAGUAUAUGGCCUGUCCAAGCCCGGCCAUAAUGGGCAGACCCGCGCCCGUCUAUUUUCUUACGGUGGAUUGAUUGGCGUAGGCAUUUGCUCUGCCAGCUAUCAUAUGACUUUGAAAUACCACACCCAAAUGUCGGAUGAAUUGUCCAUGCAUCUUUUGACGACACCAAUGGUGUAUCGCCUCUUGACAUUCAAGAGUAGCCCGCAGCGUACUAAACUUGUGGCCGUACUUCUUACCGCCAUCUUCAUAGUGGUUAUGGUCACGCAUAUGGUCAUGGACGAAUUCCUCCUUCAUGCAACAACCUUUGGGCUUGCCGUUUAUUUGAUCGCAACUCGAACGCUGAAGCUCAUUUCUCAACAAGUGCCAGAUGAGCGCAUUAGGAAGAGCCUCCGAAAUGUCGCGUUGUUUGGCUGCUUCAACUUCGCCUUUGGGUACUUUGUGUGGCUGUUGGAUGACUGGCUAUGCUCACUGUUAACUUCGAUGAAGCAUUCAGUUGGCCUUCCCCUGGCUUUCUUCCUCGAGCUACAUGGAUGGUGGCACAUCUUUACUUGUAUCGGAGGCUAUGUUGGCGUGGCUCUCGUCGACGCAAUAAUAUCAGAUGAGGUUCGUGAAGACCCGAUUCAGCAUCUUGCCUGGCCCGUCCCAUCUGCGGCGAGAUUGUUGGCAGGCGUACAUGCAUCAUCAAAGCACGGAUAA